UUGUCAGGGUAAUAAAUAUCAUCAGGAUCUUCCUAAGUUACAAUCGGGCGACUCCCAGGUGUUGUCUUCCCCGUCUAAAUCACUGCACGGAUUGAGACACGUGUUGAGCUCAAUAACGUCAAGAAGUGGCAUGUCAUUCCGAGGGUGCGUGUCCUCGUAAGAGAGGCCAUAGCUGUAGGGGAAUCGCGGCAGCUGCCCGUCGCCCUUGCGGAUGUUGAACUGGCAUGGGUGAUCGGGCCAUUUCAUUGAUAACCGGCCGGUGAAAUUCACCGCACCGAAGGGGAGGUCGGUCAGCCCGGGGCCCGCCUGUUUGCAUGGCAGCCAGGCCGCGACGAAGGCGUCUGAGAGAUUUAUUUCUUCGUUGACGUACAGCGGCCUGCCUGAGUACAAAAUGGUAAUUAUUGGGGUCGUGGGUGCGCUGUCGCGUGCAUGCUUCAGGCGGAUCAAGUCCUCUGGGUACGUAUGCCUGCCGGAUCUGGACCUGUGCCACAUGCAACCAGAGUACGACUCAUCAACAGCUACACGGCGAAGAAUGUGUGCGUACUGGUUUCGAUGGUGCAUGAGGCUUUCUCCAUCAUCCAGGUCGCCAUAGACCUCGGCGUAGGGGUCUUCGGCAAUGACAUGUAUAAUGACGUCGUAGUCGCUGUUCAGCAUGCCUUUGCCUUCCUCGUCGUCAACCACCGUGUAGUUAUUUCUGUUGCUGUGCUCCUGGAGGGCCUUUAUCAGAGAGACGGCAUUGUCCACCGUAUCGAAAACGUCGUCGUUGACUGGAGGGGGGAAUGACAGCAAGCAGAGAGAAACAUGAUCCAGGACACACUCGUUGCUCAUGCGUUUUGAGCUAACCCUGUCCCUGCCACCCCAUGGUCCACCCCCCACACGCGAGAUGGAUCCAUCGCGCCUUGCCCAU